UAAAACGUGCACGCUGUCGGGCGAUCGUCUCCUCCCACUGCAAUGCACGGGUGAAUCUCCUGUUACUAAGCAGUGCUGCAUGGCUGGCGGUGCACUUCUCAGCAUUACAAAGCGCAGGCAGACGCAUCCAUGCACAUGGCAAAGGACACGAUCUCAGAAGCAAAGAAUGCGCCAAGCGCUUUUAUAGGAUCCGUGUAUUAAUUUUUGUGCCUACAACAUUAACGUCACGAGCUGGUAGAUGUCUCGCUUUCCUUCCACGUACCGUUUCCACGCGCCAACAGUCGGAAAAGCCACGGCUUUUGACGGCCAGCACCGUUGCAGGAGUUAAACGUACCAUGCAACUAGUUCAACGAGAGGGAUUAUUUGCAAGGACACCAUCCAGCUGAAGAAAACAGACACAGCCCUCAGUUGGGUCGUGAACUGAGGUGGUUCAGCUGCUGCGCCAUGGACACAUUAAACUCCGUCGAUUCAGUAACUUUUUUGCACUAGGAAGGAAGUUUUUGAUUUGCAAAUCAAGUUACUUUGUAUAACAUUUUAAGCCGCCGUUUUAUUUAGGAACAAGGAUUCUUCACACAAAGUCAGCAGAAACUCGUACAAUAAAAUCCGAAUUGUACAAAGAUGGAUUUCCCGAACAGUCAAGAUGGGAAUCACUCCUCGAAACCAGAUAAGAAUUUUUCACUCUGGUACAUGGGAUGGUCAUCUUUGGACAGGCGGACCACACUGCCGAUGUUGCCGUGGCUCGUGGCAGAGAUUCGCAGGAAAAGCGAAAGGAAAGAGCUGGGUCCGGCUCAGGCCAGGGAAGUCGACCUCCUUAUCACGCCUCCUAUAAUCCGUUGCGUCCCAGCAAAUAACAACAACUCGUCCAUUUUUAUAUUCGAACACAAGGCUCAGUGCAUAUCACGAUUCAUCCAUAACAGUCAUGACCUUAAAUACUUUGCCUACCUUAUUAGAAGCCAGCCGGAGGACCUCGAAUCAGAGAUGGCAUGCCACGUUUUUAAGGCAUGCGAGCCCAACCAGGUCUCUGAAGUCAUCAACACCAUCCGCCAGAUGUCCAAAGCCGCCUUGAAGGAGGACACCAAACCCAAACCGGAGGCAGAGGAGUCGUUUUACAACUCUCAGAAGUUUGAGGUGCUCUACUGCGGAAAGGUGACGGUCGCCCACAAGAAGGUGCCCUCCACCCUGAUCGACGACUGUAUCGAGAAGUUCCGGCAGCACGAAGCCGAGCGCAAGCGUCUCCGUCCGACAAACGGGCAGCGCUGCUACACCGACACACCCUUGGGGCUCCUCGAAGAUGAGGGGGACCCACUGAUGUCACCCACCGGUGAUGAGAAGGUGGAUCUUGAGAGUUUCAAGGAAGAGGAGGGGAGCGAGGGGGUGAAUGACUUGGGGAGACCGGGUCGGGCCGGUAUGCCGGAGUGCAUCCUGGAGGACUCGGGCUUUGGGGAGCAGGAAGUACGCACUCGUUGCAAUAGCCUGGUGGCGGGUCUGCAGCACAGGCCCCGUGAGGUUGGGGGGAAAGCUUCAGCACGGCGCAGGCAUGCCAGCGCCCCCAGCCACGUGCAGCCGUCCAAUGCCGAGACAAACCGCACCAUGCUCUUCCAGGUUGGACGCUUUGAGGUCAAUCUCAUUAGUCCCGACAGCAAAACUGUAGUCCUUGAAAAGAAUUUUAAAGACAUUUCUUCUUGUUCUCAGGGCAUUAAACAAACUGACCACUUUGGUUUCAUCUGCCGGGACCCGGACGAAUCCGGCCUGAGUCAGUAUGUCGUUUAUGUGUUCCAGUGCGCCAGUGAAUCCCUGGUCGAUGAGGUGAUGCUGACGCUGAAGCAGGCUUUCAGCACAGCGGCAGCCCUGCAGAGCACCAAGACGCAAGUGCAGCUGUGUGAGGCCUGCCCCAUGCACGACCUGCACAAGCUCUGCGAGAGGAUAGAAGGUCUUUAUCCACCCAGGGCCAAGCUGGCCAUCCAAACCUACGUCUCUCAGCUGAAGGAUAAUGAGCAGGCGGACAUCUUUGAGCGCGUCCAGAAAAUGAAGCCCAGCAAUGAUCAGGAAGAGAACGAGUUGGUGAUUCUGCAGCUGAGGCAGCUGUGUGAAGCCAAGCAGAAGACCCACCUCCAUAUAGGACAGGUUCCUCAGACUGUCCCUAACAACAUGGUGCCAGACAACUCUGCCACUGGGGGGCGCUUCAAGCUGGACAUUCUGAAAAACAAAGCCCGCACCUCUCUGACAAGCUCCCUGGAGAAUAUUUUCUCAAGGGGCGCCAGCCGGAUGCGUGGUCGUCUUGGAAGCAUGGGCAGCUUUGAACGCCAGGACGAGACCCCUGGGGACUCCCCUCCGGGAACCCCCCCCGGCUCCUCGCCGUGUUUCCCCGAGGACGACCCUGCCGCCCCGCAAUUCCGGCGCCGCGCCCACACCUUCAGUCACCCGCCCGUGAAGAAGAGGAUCUCCUUCAGCGAGCCUCAGGCCCCUGUCUCCAAGGCCCCCCUCCUACGGCAGCAGUCCGUGGCCCCCGAGCUGCUACAGAGCAGCCCCGUGAGCGUUGCGAGAAAACGCAGCGUUUCUGAGAGCGAGUCCUUCAGCCUGCCCUCGUCUUUCUCGGCUCCCAAUUUCCUGAAAAACUUUUACCAGGGUUCUCUAGGUUCUCCUACCGACGGCGGGCCCUUCAAGAGUAACGAUGACAGCAGGAAGGGGGCCUCGUCUGGCUGCAGCAGUGACUCCCUGAGCUCCUUAGCUCCUCUCGGCACCCCGCGGCGUGUCUCCUGGCGCCAGAAGAUCUUCCUCCGUGUGGCCUCCCCCAUGAGCAAGGCUGCCGGCUCCAUGCAGCAUCCAGAUGGUCUGGAUGGAAGCGAGCUCCUGCCUCUUUCUCCACGGACCUCCACACACGAUAGGGAACCCCUGGCGAGCUUGCUGCCCUGUGGUCCGUCUGGCCCCGGGGAGGGCUGCCAGCGCACCUCCGCUGACUACAGGGCCCUAUGGAAGAAGGCCAUCCAUCAGCAGAUACUGCUGCUGCGCAUGGAGAAGGAGAACCAACGCCUGGAAGCCAGCAGAGAUGAACUCCACAUCAGAAAGAUGAAACUUGACUACCAGGAGGUGGGCCAGUGCUCCAAAGAGGUCCAGGCCGUGUGGGAGAAGAGGCUCAGCAUGCCCGGCAGAUCCCGGAUCCAGUGGGACAAGGAGGAAAUGCAUAACACCCUUUGCCAGGGUGUGCCCAAAAGCCGGCGUGGCGAGGUGUGGCACCUGCUGUCCCAGCAGCAUCGCCUGCGUCAUCGGCUGCCCUGCAGGCAGCAGCCGCCUGACAUCUCCUACCAGGACCUCCUCAAGCAACUGACUGCACAGCAGCAUGCCAUCCUUGUGGACCUGGGUCGGACAUUCCCCACCCACCCAUAUUUCUCCGCCCAGCUGGGGGCGGGGCAAUUGUCCCUCUACAACCUGCUGAAGGCCUACUCUCUGCUGGACACGGAGGUGGGCUACUGCCAGGGCAUCAGUUUCGUGGCCGGCCUGUUGCUGCUGCACAUGAGCGAGGAGCAGGCCUUCGACAUGCUCAAGUUCCUCAUGUACGACGUGGGCUUCCGCAGGCAGUACCGGCCCGACAUGAUCUCCCUACAGAUACAGAUGUACCAGCUGUCUCGUCUCCUGCAUGACUACCACCGGGAGCUGUACAGUCACCUGGAGGAGCAUGAGAUCUGCCCCAGUCUGUAUGCUGCACCCUGGUUCCUCACACUCUUCGCAUCGCAGUUUCCACUGGGCUUUGUAGCUCGUGUCUUUGACUUCCUGUUUAUCCAAGGGACGGAAGUGAUCUUUAAGGUAGCCCUGUGUUUGCUGAGCAGCCAUGAAGGGGAAAUAAUGGAAUGCGACAGCUUUGAGGCUAUUGUGGACUACCUUAAAAGUACCAUCCCCAACCUGACUCAGGACCAGAUGGAGCAGACAAUGAAGCAGGUGCUAGAGAUGGACAUCUCCAAGCAGCUCCAUGCCUACGAGGUAGAGUACCAUGUGCUACAGGACGAAAUGCUGGACUCCACAACCCUGCCCGACGACAUGGACCGCCUGGACAAGUUAGAAAAGACCAAUUCCCAGCUGAAGAAGCAGAACAUGGAUCUGCUGGAGAAGCUCCAGGCUGCACGUGUCAAGAUCCAGAGUUUAGAGGUGAAUGUGGAGAACUUCAUGUUGCGGGAGAGCAAAAUGAAGCACCUGAUUCGCUCUCUGGAGCAGGAGAAGGCGUCGUACCAAAGGACCAUUGAGCGCAUGAGUGGCACGCUGCCCCUAGACGUGCUGUCGGAUGUGGAGCUGAUCCAGAUCAAGCCUGGCUCCAACGGCAAAACCAAAAAGCCAUGAUGCCUUGGAGCAACCAUCCACUGUUAACUCUCCUAACUGGAUACACCAAACAGGAAUAUUGAGGAGGGGGGGCAGUUUUGCUAAUGGUAAUGUUAAUAGCUUGAGCCUUGAGACAUUUUAAGAAGCACAGUUUUACGGGCCAAUGUAGGAUCCACGCUACGGUUUUGGUGGUAAGAUUGUGCACGAUUAAAGCGAUGGAGCCCAAGAUCUGUCUUCUGCAAUGCAUCUGGGAUUGGGGGAAGCCCUUCUGCCUUCUGGUGUGGUGAUGUAUUCGUCUACAGAUGAGGGUUCCCUGUCGCUAGGGCUCCUCUACUAGAGACGUCCGUGUCUUUCUUUGUGUGCUUUGCUCAGGCCACGAUUCCGGUACCUUUACAGUUAUCCUACCACUUGUAACGGUAGUAAUCAGGGACACCAAUAACUGCGUGCUCAUUCUGUUGGCUUUACUGCAAGAAGAAUAUAUAGUUUUGUCUACAUUACUUUGAAAAUACUUGAAAAUUUAGAUGAACGUCCGCUUUUUCUGAAGGACACAACAUCUACAGCUUGUAUUGGGUCACCUUCGACUUUUUCUCUAGACUUUGCACGUAACGUUUGGGUGCCUUAAAUUACAAGUCAUGACAUAUCUGACUUGUUCGGUGAAAGAACCAAAUAUUUACCAGUUCUGCAAUUCACAGGAUGUGCUUCACCCAGAUUUUUUGCAGGAUGUGAGCCUGUCUGCCAGUUGGUUUCCUGUGCAAUUGACCGAGAUGCCAACGAGGUCGGCAGGCUGCUAGUCAUCCUUUCACUUGUUACUCUCAAGCUGUUCUCUCGGCGUCGAUGGGGUCUUAUUCCAGUUUCCCUUUCCUUACGCAAAUCCUGAUGCCGAGGAGCGAGGAGUUCGUGCCUGAUACCAAUGGCAUUUCUCAUCAUCUUUCUUUAUUUUCAGUCUGGUAUUCUUCUGACCCCUCAGUCAGCAUUUCGAGUGCGUUCGUGAGAAAAGACACACAGGAAGUAGGGUGGGGAGACGGACCGUGUCGGCAGUCUGGCUCGGGUGAAGGAGGGGCCCAGUUCCGCAUGUGGAAAUGGCUGAUACGAGUCUGAUUGUCUGCCCACUUACAAACAGUAUAAAACAGUUUGAGGCUUACCACCCCGCAACUGAGGUGUGCCAUGUCUCUAAAAUAAAUCUUUUUACGUAUAUUUUCCUAUGCUGUUUUAUCUAAGGUGUAUUUUCUAUCUUUAGAAAUGUUGUGUUUGUAAAUAAUCUGCGCGGGUGGGAUUUUCAAGAUUGAUUUUUUUUUUUUUUUGAUAAUGGGGCACGAGAUUGUUUUUGCAAAAUGGUGUCAGUGGUGUAACGAUUGUGAUAAAGCUUGGUCAAAAUGAAAGGACUGUGUUGCACCUACAAUGCAUGAUAAUUCCUUGCAUUUGUGAGGUUUUGGGUUGUUUACCCGCUCUAGUAAUACUGGAGUAAUAUUGAUUGAUUUUUGCCCAAGGACAUUACACAACUGUAAAAGAAAAAAAAAAUACAAUUCCCAUCUUUACUGCAGAAAACAAACUUGUUUUAUUUGACUUUGAAACAUAUAAUUGGAACACAAGCUGUCUUCAUAAACCCUAAUAAUAAAAUACUUAGAAAUGGCAUUUGAAUAAUAGCUGAUUUGCAGGCUUAUCUUGUGUAUUCUGCACCAGUAAUAGAAUAGGCAGGUUUGUUGAUCAUAUUCGCCGGAGUUAAAUGAUAUUUUGCGUGUCGCGGGGAGCAUGCAGUGCGUCAUGGUGACUCACAACUCCAGGGGUGUUGGUUAAGAAUUGGCCUCAGUUAUCUGUGUGUGCCGUUCCCCUUGUGCUUGUGUGUGUGUUUCCUGCAGGUAUUUAACUUUCCCUCCAACAGUCCAGCUUUUGCUCAGUGAAUAUCUGAACAUGGAUCCUUGUGUAUCCAUCCUGAGCAGUGCCCUAUGACGGACCGGUACCCAGUCCAGGGCGUAGAAUCUGCAUCCCUUCCGAUUCCCCUGAUAGACUCUGGAUCGGCAUGAUCUGAUAGGUGGGUGGAUGAGUGCCUGGAGGAGAAAGGAAAUUGUUAAAUCUAUUUCAUAAAAUGUUAAGUUUUGCCUUUGCGGUAUUAAGUAGCAACUGACCAAACUGAAUCGUCAUAUGAAUUCUUGGACAUCGUACUCGAACAAAUAAUAGUAUAGACAUAUUUUUUGAUGUAGAUUCCUAAUUUCAGAGCUAUUCUGCCAUAUGCUGACCCUUCACUCUCGCAGGACUGGCUCAUUCAUCAGUUUUCUUUACUUGCGUCACAGCAGUAUUUCCUUCUUUGUUUUAAAGACACACUUUGUCACAAACUUUAGAUUACUGUCUGCUUUAAUUGGAGCAGAAAGUUCUUGGCUAGACUUUGUUUCCUCCAUGAGGUGCAGUCGCUGUUGAUUAAUUGCAUAGGCUUGUUCGCUCAUUUAGUUCCCCUCCAAAUGUAUGAUUUUGACAUCAAGUGCCAAAGUCCGCAUCCUCGAAGAUGUUUCCUCUUUGAUACCGUUGAGAGGCCCGGCGCCAAAGUGUUGGAGCUCAUUCAUCCAACCUGCUGCUGGAAGUUUUGAUUUCUGCUUGUAGUCUGCUCCUGUGCAUUAUGUAGUGCAACAAACCGGAGUUUAAUGAUUCACUGGUGCUACGCUUUUGACACGUCCGUGUGUUAUGUACAGGAAGACUCACCAGUCAGAGAAGUUGUCAGACAACAAAUAAAGCUGAAAUUCACUGCCUCUGA